AGUUCACAGUUCAAACUCCAAACAUUAAAUUCUCUCUUCCAUUUCAUUCCUCCUAUCUAGCUUCCAUAAGAUAAUUCCUUCUUUUACCACAUCCACUACUAUUAUCCUUUACUAAAAAUUUUAAAUUAAAUUAUGGUUGUUCCAUCUCCAACUCCUUCGUUACGAACCAAAAAGACGAGGGCUGUGGGAAUUCCCAUCAUUGAUCUCUCUCUGGAGAGGUCUGUGUUGAGCCAGAAAAUUGUACAAGCUUGUGAAGAAUAUGGUUUCUUCAAGGUGGUGAACCAUGGUGUUCCCAAGGAGAUCAUUUCCAGUGUGGAAAAAGAAGCCUCUGACUUUUUUGCCAAAAGGAGUUCGGAGAAGCAAAGAGCAGGGCCACCAAGUCCUUUUGGUUAUGGCUGCAAAAAUAUUGGCUUCAAUGGCGAUAAGGGUGAGCUUGAGUAUCUUCUCCUUCAAACCGACCCUGCUUCCAUUUCUGAGAGAUCUAAAGCUAUCUCCAAUAACCCAUCAAAGUUCAGCUAUGUUGUGAAUGAUUAUAUACAAGCCGUUAGGGACCUCUCAUGUGAAAUUUUAGAUCUAAUAGCUGAAGGCUUGUGGGUUCCAGACAAUUCUGUUUUCAGUAAGCUCAUCAGAGAUGCCCAUAAUGACUCUUGUUUUAGGCUCAAUUACUACCCUCCUCUCAAGCAUUUUAGGGAGCUAGAAUUAUCUCCAAAACUUAAUCCAGACACGCGUAUGGGAUUUGGAGAGCAUACUGACCCUCAAAUCUUGACUAUCUUGCGAUCAAAUGAUGUUGGAGGCCUUCAAAUUUGUUUAGAUGAUGGGUUGUGGGUUCCAGUCCUUCCUGAUCCUAAUGUAUUUUGUGUGUUCGUGGGUGAUGCUUUAAAGGCUAUGACAAAUGGAAGGUUUGUGAGCGCAAGCCACAGAGUACUUGUGACAAACACAAUCAAACCCAGAAUGUCAACAAUAUAUUUUGGGGCUCCACCCCUUGAUGCCUACAUCUCUCCGAUUCCAGAGUUGGUAUCACCCCAAAAACCAAGUCUCUACAAGCAUUUCACUUGGAGUGAAUUCAAGAAAACUUUCUAUUCUCUACGUUUGGGAGACUGUCGUCUCGACCUCUUCAAGACUCUUAUGUGCAGUGACAAAACUUCGUCAUGUUAACGAAUAAUGUCACUAAUACUCUGUGCACGGUAAAAGAAAAUAAAUACAGAACAAUGCAUAGAAAAAUCAACGAGUGAUCUAAAUUUAUUCUGGGAAUAGAAAUUUUAUCUCUCUAUCGACUCAAAUUUGAUCAUGCUCUGAUGUCAGCAGGUACGUAGAAUGUAGAGGACAUAGACAUGAUAGAGAACAAGUCUUUUGUAUAUUAAAGUCAUAUAGAAGUUGAAGGGUGUUUGUAAGUCAUUAAUUUCGAGGGGGGCAUUUUUUUGUUCCUAGAGUGCUUCCCCCAUGUGUUUUCAUUUAUGCUACAAGUGAGAAAUGAUUUGUACUCGUUAGGAGAAAUUCAUGUAAAAGUACUUCAGUUUGAAGAAAUUCAUGUAAAAGUUAUGGUGUGAAUUUAUGAAAAUGCAUAUUCUUGUA